AUGGAUGAUCAAGUAAAUAUAACAUAUAUAACUAUUGAUGGGUAUGUGGAAAUUCACAAAUACAGAUAUCUUUAUUUUGUGAUCAUGUUCACUGCAUAUACAUUAAUAAUCUGCAGUAAUUCUACUAUUGUGUGUCUGAUCUGGAUUAACCAAAACCUCCAUGAGCCUAUGUACAUUUUUAUUGCAGCUCUGUUAAUCAACUCUCUUCUUUACAGCACUGCUUUCUACCCAAAGCUUUUAUUUGAUGUUUUAUCAGAAAAACAGAUCAUAUCAUAUUCAGCCUGUGUGUUUCAAUGGUUUUCAUAUUACUCUCUAGACUGUUCAGAGUUCUUACUGUUGGCAGCCAUGUCUUAUGAUAGGUAUGUAUCUAUAUGUAAACCUCUGCAAUAUGCCACUAUCAUGAAGAAAAGAACAGUCUAUAUUUUGUUGGUUUUAUCUUGGCUUGUGCCUGUUUGUCAGCUUGCAGUGCCAGCUGUACUGAAUGCUAAUAAAAAACUCUGUAACUUUAAUUUCAAAGGAAUAAUUUGUAACAGCACAGUUAACAAACUUCAUUGUGUGAGUUCAAGAGCUCUGAAUAUAUAUGGCUUGAUUGUUUUUUCAAAUGCUGUAGUUCUUCCUGUGCUUUUUAUAUUGUUUACAUAUACAAAGAUCUUUAUAAUAUCCCAUCGAAGUUGUAGAGAAGUCAGGAGAAAAGCUGCACAGACCUGUUUACCACACUUAAUAGUUUUAAUAAAUUUUUCCUGUUUGGCUGCAUAUGAUGUACUUCUACUGCGACUGGAAACUGAUUUUACCCAAACUGUACGUUUAAUAAUGACUUUACAAAAAAUUUCGUAUCAUCCUCUCUUCAAUCCGAUCAUAUAUGGACUGAAAAUGAAAGAAAUCUAUAAACAUCUCAAGAGGUUGUUCUGCAAAAUAGUCUAA